UUCAAAUCCUUGACGAUGUUGCCAUGCUUUCCUUUCUGCCUUCUGCCUUUUUCUGUCUUUGUCUGCCUGCUUUUCUUACCCGUGGGUCAUUUUUGCCCUGCUGUCUGUAGCUGUAUGGACUACCACACCAUAGACUGCCGGGAUCAAGGACUCCCAAGUGUUCCUAAUCCGUUUCCAUUGGAUGUACGGAAACUUCUUAUAGCUGAUAACAACAUUCAGGCGAUACCAGCUGAUUUCUUUAUAUUUUAUGGAGAUCUAGUCUAUUUGGACUUCAGGAAUAACUCUCUCACCUCUUUAGAAGAGGGCACUUUUAGCAGUUCUUCCAAACUGGUGUAUUUAGACUUAAGCUACAAUAAUUUAACACAGCUUGAUGCUGGGAUAUUCAAAUCGGCUGAAAAACUGAUAAAAUUGAGCCUGGGAAACAAUAACCUGGUGGAUGUGGAUGAGGCUGCUUUUGAGAACCUGGAACAGCUCCAAGUGCUAGAAUUGAAUGACAAUAACUUACAAAGCCUAAAUGUGGCAGCCCUAGAAGCGCUUCCCUCCCUGCGGACUAUACGCUUAGAGGGCAACCCUUGGGUCUGUGACUGUGACUUUGCCAAUCUUUUCAGCUGGAUACAGGACAAUGCAUCUAAGCUCCAGAAAGGUCUCCAUGAAAUCCAGUGUUCCCUGCCUGUAGAAAAUAGAAGAAUCUUUCUGAAUGAGUUAUCUGAGGUCAGCUUUAGUGAAUGCAAAUUUAGUUUGUCAUUGACGGACCUUUUUAUCAUCAUCUUCUCUGGAGUCGCAGUCUCCAUUGCUGCUAUUCUAUCAAGCUUCUUCUUAGCAACUCUAGUACACUGCUUCCAAAGAUGUGCUCCCAGUAAAGAUGACGAUGAUGAUGAAGACGACAGUGAUGACUGAACUUAGCCUAUAUACUUAAUUUUCCUUGGUUUAUAAGUCAUUAGAUCAUCAGCCAAAGUCUAGGAAGAAAGCAAGUAGAAAGCUUUAAACAUUUUAAAUGAAACCAAUAUGUAAGAAUCACUUCUAAUUUCAUGAUGGUCAUGGGUAGGAAUUGCAGUUUGCAUUUGAGACUGUUAGCUUUGCUUACAAUCUACAGCCUGAUGCAAUGAGACUCCAUUUGUGUCAUCCUUAACCAAACAUUACAAGUUCCAGUGUUUUAAAAGAUCAGCUCAUAGCUUCCAGAUUGGAAAAUACAGAAGCAAUUUAAAAUAGUGUCCUUCGUAGCUCUAAGUACUGGGAAAUUCUGUUAAGCAAUGUCAUGAGUAACAAAAUGCAAUUACGAGGAUACCUAGAAUGAUAGAAGGCAUUACAGAACGGUUGGCAUCUCCUCUCUACAAAUAUUCUCUGUAAGCAUUCGUCCUUCACUUAAUGACAGCAGUUACAGGCAUCAUUCAGCCAAAAACCAUUUUCUAUAAGCAAAACCGAUUCUAGAUCUGAGUCAUCCACUGCAGCUGCCUGGCACCUCGUUGGUCAUGGCACAAAUACUAAAUAUAACAUUAUUUUGCAUUUAUAGAUGCAAUGAAGUGAAGGAUUUCCCUUCCUUGUAAUGCUAGGCACAAGUUAGUGUCGCAGUGUCCAGUCCAUUUAGUUAUUUUAAAACAUUAAGGGCUAUAUUCAGCUCCUGGUUAUACUAGAGGAACACAACUGAAGUGAACACCGUGAUCCAAAUUGGCAACUGUAUAAACAAGUGUGGAAUCUGGCCCAAGAUGUUUCUGACUGUACAUUUCACAACUCUUGAGCUCUUCUAUAGAACGCUAGAUAUUUUUGUUAAAAUUUUGAAGAGACAUUUAUUACCAGAGAUUUUUGGAAUAGUGCUGGACAGCUUUUUAGGAUAAGUAUAUUUUUAAAAUAUUUGUAAUGGAAAUAUUUUUUUAAAGCUCUGUGUAUUUAAAGUAUUAUCUAGAGUAGCUGUGCAGGCUUAAAGCAAUGAAUAACAUAGUAAUAAACAGUCUAAGGAGUGUGUACUGUUAUAAAAGAAUUAGAUCUGGUAAAAAGUAGCAUCUAUUUAACUACUGUAAAGGCUAUUCUUUCAGAAAAAAACCCCCACUCUGGUUAAAAUAUUCCCUUGCUCAGUUAAUAUGAAUGGUCUUUUACAGAAAGUUAGUUCCAAAUCUCUUGUGUCUGCUGUGUUAAUUGUUCAGGCAGACACGAGUGAAUGACAUUGUGUAUGUUAAGGGAUAAUUUGGUCCAGAGUACAAGGUUAGGACUCAGCGCUCCUGGGUGUUGUCUUCAUCUAACAGUGAUCAGCUAGAAGACCUUCAGCAAAUCACUAUCUGCCUGUGUCUCAGUUACACUACCUAUAAAAAAUGGAGAUCAUCGUAACUAUUUAUCUUUUUCAAGUGCUUUACGGUAUGCAGUGGGGGGGCACUUAUUGGAGCUAUGUAUAAUGAUCAUAUACGUUAGGCUGAAACAGAUGUUAUGCAGUAGGUCUGAUCUGAUCUCUUAUCAGUGUGGCUUCACUGACAUCAGUGGAGUUACUCCAUUGGCUAAUAGAGUUUGCACUGGGGUUUGCACCAUGCUGAGGUCAAAACCAGGACAAGAGUAUUUAUUUCUGUUCUCUCUGCAGCUUAUUCAAUGCGACUUAAUGCUACCAUUGUUAAGGUUAUUAUUUCUGAAAACACAUUGCAACAGAAUUAAGUAGGACAGUGAGAGGAUAUUCUGUAUCAAUACUGUCUUAUUCUAUUCUGAUUCUUUCAAGAAAAAUGACAUGAUUUUCACUGUGUAGUGCCAUGAUUAUAAAUAACACAAAUAUAUUUAUAAUUCCAA